GUUGCUAGUAGCAACCAGAAGAGAACACAGCCGACUACGCAAAGUGCGUAAAUCGACAGCGGUGGUUGGUUCAGUCAUAACAGUGGAGCAGGCUCUCUGUAACUGGGCGGUGGUAUUAGCAGAGUGGACAAUAACGUGGAAAAAUGGCGAGGCGGAGGAUCACACAAGAAACCUUUGAUGCUGCUGUCCGGGAGAACAUGGAGGAGUUUGAGAUGGAUCCUGAUGAAGCUUUGAGGGAAGCUGUGGAGCAGUUUGAGUCUCAAGGUGUUGACCUCAGUUGUAUUGUCAAAGCUGUACCAGCUGUGUCAUCCGAUGAUAAACAAGAAGAGCAAACGCAUGAGGUCUUACAGGUGUUGGAGGCCCUACGGAUUGGAAAAGACUCUGCUGGUGUUACAGAGGUCACAGCAGAUAUAAAAUGCUUCACUGAGCAAUGUUCACUUGGAUUUGCUCAGAGGUACCUGGCUGCUCAAAAAGAUGCCUACCCCAUAAUCCUAUCGUACUGCAAAAAGAGUGUGGAGGAACGGGAAGCUGUGUUGGCCGCCGUGUCUGCCCUGGCUGCACUGACAGAUGGACAGCCAGACCUGUUAGAUGCAGAGGGCCAGAAGUUCCUUUUAGACGUCCUGAAGAAGUACCGGGCAGAUUCCUCUGUGACGUGUGUAGCUAUCUGCGCAGUACGUCACUGCUGUUUGAAACACGAACAGAACAGGCAGGAUUUGGUGAAAGGCGGCGUCCUGCCUCUGCUAACCGGUGCUGUUACACAGCACAGCGGAUGUGCUGCGCUGGUUAAGGAGGCCUCUGCAGCGCUCAGGGUCAUGACCUUUGAUGAUGAUGUCCGAGUUACGUUUGGGCACGCUCAUGAACACGCCAAGAUUAUUGUUUUAGAACACAAUGGACUGAAGGUCUUAAUUGAGGCUGCGAAAGCUCACACUGAUAAUACUGUUCUGAGUGAGCUGUGUGCAACUUUGUCCCGUCUGGCUGUAAGAAACGAGUUCUGUCAAGACAUCUGUGAUCUGGGAGGAUUGAAACUGAUGAUGACGCAGCUUGCAGACAACUAUGAGUCACCGGAGUUAGUUCGGCAGAUCCUGAGCGCUAUACGAGCUGUGGCAGGAAAUGAUGACGUGAAAGACGCUGUUGUCAGUGCAGGUGGAGUUCAGCUCAUUGUCAUGGCCAUGAACAAACACAUGAGCAACUCUGCUGUGUGUGAGCAGGGCUGUGCAUGCCUCUCUGUGCUUGCUUUACGUAAACCCAACAACUGCAAAGUCAUCAUGGAGGACGGAGGAACCAUGGCUGCUGUGCAGGCUAUGAAGUCACAUGCUAAUGUGGCCAAUGUGCAGAAACAGGCCUGUAUGCUGUUGAGAAAUCUGGUUUCACGUUUGCGUAACUUGAGCCAACCAAUCCUGGAGAUGGGAGCGGAGGCCCUGAUAGCACAGGCACUACAGACCCAUCAAGACUGUGGUGAUGUGGGUAAAGCAGCCCUCAGAGAUCUGGGAUGCAAGGUGGAACUACGAGAGCUGUGGACCGGCAAACAUGGCAGCCUCACCAACUGAGGGUGGAGGAGAGCAGCUCUGAAAACUUAACAUCUCUACCAUGAGUUUGCCUGAAAUUCAUUUGCCAGGCAAGAUGUCACAUUCUUAAUCCGAGCAUAAAUAUUUGUGAUGUUCGUACGUAUAGCCAGUAGUUGAAACAGAUGCACACGUGUUGAGCUGCACAUAUCUUAGACAUACUUGUAGAGUUAAGUUGUUGCAGAGGAGGAUUUUGAGGAGAGCUGCAACUAAUGAUUAUUUUCAUUUGCAAUUAGUCUGUUGAUCAUUUUCUUCUAAUUUGGUCUAUAAAAUUGUGAAAAGGCCCGUCACAACUUGCCAAAGGCUAAGAGGACAUCUUCCAACAAUUAGCUUUGUCUGACUGACAUUCCAAAACCCAAUAAUGUUCAAAUUACUUUGAUGCAAAACAGAGAAAAGUAGUAAAUCCUAACAUUUGAGAAGCUGGUACCUUGAAGUGCAUUUUUGUCUGGAAAAUGACUUAAGCGACUGAUCAAUCAUAAAAGUAGUUGUUCCAUUGAUUGAGAAAAUUGUUUAGCUUGACUUGUGCACUGCACCAAGCCAUCAGUCCCACACAACAUUUUUCCAGGUUGAAUAUAUCCUUUUCAACUUUGGUUUUUGAAGUCUAAAUAGGUCACAACAGUCCUGUUUUACAUAUUUUAUUUGCUGUUAAUAUUUCAUCUGUAACAAAUUUAUGCUGAUGAGAUGUUAAAUGUACAUUUGUGUGUUUUGUGCCAUGAGUAAAUAUAAGUGUAUUUGCUGCUAUGCAAAUAGAUUAACUGCACUGUUUUGUGCAGACUCCAUUCCCAUGUUGGCAGAGCCAAAUUUUAACAUGUAUUGACUGCCUUAUUUUGUACUGGCACUUAACAUUUCUUCUUCAUGAAUAUUAAAACAGCCCCAAGUCAAGGUUCACUUACUAGCUUUAUCUGGCAUUUUCAGCUGUAUGGCAGAGUCUUCAUCAAUGGAUGGAGUUGGCUCAGUUGUCAUGGAAAUUGAUAUGUUGACAUGUGAGCCAGGCAGCUGUUUCAUUUCAUUCAUAGCAAUUUAACCCUUCACGUCCAUGUUGGCUUUAAAGCUAAGAAUGAAAGUUAAUUGACCUUUGAAACUGUACUUGGACAAAUAAUCACCAACUCAAGUACCAUUUCAUCCAAGACGUUGUGAGUAAGUGUGAGCAAACUCCAUCUGCAGAUGAGAACCAUGUGAGACAAAUGGCAGGCCUAGGUAAAGCCAGAAUGUGGACUUUGGAGUGGGACGGGUUUUUUUGUCAAGUUUAAUAUUGUUUUUUAGUUGAUAUUUAACAUUACAAUGUUAAACUUCAAUCUCUGAAAAUAAAGAAUGACCAUUGACAACAUA